AUGCGCGCGACGGUCGCCGCGGGCCUCCCCGGCCCCCCGUCCCUCGUGGGCCGCGGCUCGCGGGUGGACAUCGAUCGAUCCGGUCGGCGUACCCGCGCGUCGUCAUCCAUCCGACGGCUUGGGUGCACCGGACGGGGCAACAAUCGAUGCCGACUCGGACCCCGCGCGGCGACCGGGGAUGACCCAACGGCUUCAACCCGAGACGACGGCAGCGUCGACCCCGCCGCCGCCGUCGGCGCCGUCAGCGAGUCCACGAGCGACGAGGACGCGGCGCGAGAGAGGAAGGAGCACCACAGGACGUGGUCGCUCAAGUACCUGGAGGGCGUCAUGGUCGGGGUGUCGAGGUACGCGACAGAUUCCUACGCGUCGGUAACACGUUUGGGAGGGGAGGUGUACCGCUGGGCAUCGCGCGACGAAGGGGACGCGCGGGGCGACGUCGCGGCAAAUUCCGGGAAGCGUAAGAGGGGAGGCGACAAACCCGCCAAAUCUUCGUCGUCGUCGUCGUCGUCGUUGUCGUCGUCUUCCGGCGACGAGGAGGAUUGGGAGGCUGCGCUGGCGUCGUGGGUCAGCGACGACGACGCCGACCCGCUCACCGACGCCGCCGAGUGGGUGGGCGGGAUAGCCUCGUGGGUCGCGACGUACUCGGAACGAUCCAAGGCGAAGAGCGCCGCGCGAGCCGAGCCGCCGCCGCUCACGGUCACGGCACUGACGAACGAGAUGCGGCGGGAGAUGGAGCUGGGCGCCGACGAGGCGCACUUUCUGCCGCUCGAGGACAGCGGCUGGUCCAUCGCCCUGCUCCGGUACAGGCCCAAGGAGGGCGGCACACGGCGGUCGAAGCAGUCGCGCGCGAUACCCGCCGUGUCCGUCACGUCGAUGGACGCGGCGUGGGACGAUAGCGACUUUUACCACGCGACGCCGUGGCGGCACCGAGACCUUCCGCCGGUUAUGAUGGUGCCAGGGUGCGCUUCCAACGCGUACACCUUCGACGUGGCGGAGGGAUACUCGCUGGCGAGGCACCUGGCCAAUCGCGGGCACGACACGUGGAUCGUGGAGUCCCGCGGCGUCGGGUUCAGCAGGCCGUGGGGGGCGAAACCGUCGGAGUGGGCGGAUCCAAAGACGAAGGUGCCGCGGCAGCACAUGCCCACGUGGGGAGAUUUCGAUUUCGACACCUACCUCCGCGAGGAUCUUCCGUGCGCGGCUGGGUACAUCGCGGCGGUCACGGGGUCCAAGAGGAUAGCCGCGGUGGGUCACUCGAUGGGGGGCAUGCUAGUGGCGUGCAUGGCGGCCGGGGCGGCGGAUUACUUCAGGGAGGAUGCGCCCAAAGUUGAACAAGUUGAGUCGGGGCCGAGAGUCCCGCGUUCCGAUUGGCGGAUCGACAAGGUGGUCACCAUCGCGUCGUGCCUGGAGUGUUCGCCGCGGGAGGGUGUCCCGGAGUCGACGUACGCUCAGUUCGCGGCAUUAGCGGGCGUGGUGCCGGAGUAUCUCUACGGGGGUGUCGCGAAGCUCGGGCCGGCCGUGCCGCAGCUGCCCGUCGGCUCGCUCUCCGUCGGCCAGGGCAUCGCGAUCGAGUCCGUGUUUGGGGCUCCAUCCGUGGACGACGACGGGGAGGACGGGGAGGACGGGGAGACGAACGCGUUGGUCGACGACGACGACUACGAGGACGACGGCGGCGGAGAUGAUAACGGCGCGAGCGACGAGUUCUGGCGGAAGAGCGCCGUGAGCCUCAACACCUCGUACCCCGGAGCCACGAAACCCGCCUUCAUCCGCAAGCUCCUGCUCAAGGGCUUCGGCAACGUGCCCCUCCGACUGGUGCUCCAGAUGGCCACGCUCUUCUCCCCCGGGGGUUUGGCGACGCGCGAGGAGACCGUGGCGCGACGCGAGCGCACCGUAUCCGCGGCGAGGGAGAGACGCGCGGGGUGGAGGCGUCGUCUCCGCGGCUGGGGCGACCCCGGCGACGCGCCCCGCGAAGCAACAGUCGCCGACGUCGUCGAGUCGGAGAUGAGCGGUGACUCCGCCGAUUACGCGGUGCGGGGGUCCACGCGGGGACUCCGCGGCGGCCACCACGUGCACUACAUCGACGCGGUGCGUGACACGAGGCCGAAGAUCUUGAUGAUCGCCGGUGACGUCGACCCGGUCAUACCCCCGCUGCAGGUUGAGGCGACGGCGGCCAUCGUCGGGGGCGAGUACGCGUGCUUCGGUGACGGGCCCAAGGUGGGCUGGGACGUACGGGACCCGAACGACUCGAACGACUCGAACGACCCGAACGACCCGAACGCGGCGCUGAGGUCCAUGAUGACCGACGGCGGAGAUCACUACAGCCACUACGACCUCCUGUGCGGCGUCAACGCGCCGAGGCGAGUGUUCCCGGUCGUCUCCGAGUUUCUGGAGCGCAUCGAGGUCCUCAACGGCUUGUUUCGACUGUGA